AUGAGCGGACGCGACUCCGGACUGGGGGCAGAGCUCAGCCAGGCCUACCGCCACCUCGAGGCACAGAGGCAGGCCACACAGCACGACGUCUACAACGCCGGCCAGGACAUGUGGUUCGACUCAAGACGCGCUGCUAAGAGAGGGCCCCCGUCCACCCUGGCGUCUACGGUCCAGUCUCAUGCUACACCGCCCUCGGACCACGUCAUGGAGACCGCGGAGAGGGACGCCAUUGUGGAAGAAGGGGUCCGCGAUCCCCCGACAGAGAGGCGGACCCCUUCAUCCCUCUUCCAGCCCAUGCCCAUUGAGACGGACAUAGCCUACCAGAUGACGGCUGCUCAAAGGGGCGUGGACAUUAACGAUGUGGGGGCUAUGCAAGCCUGCAUGGCUACACCGCUCCCAACAAGGAAUGAGGUUCUCCAGACAAUUCGCGAUUACCACCUCGGGGUCCUGCGACCCGAAAUCUUCAACCUCAUCACGCAGGUCGAGAACGUCAUCGGCAAGCUCGACGACAAGAUCCUCAAGACCCAGGAGUCUCUGCAGUGGCUAGCCUCAGACAAUAGGCAGCAGCAAAAGAAGGAGAGCGCCAUGCUAGUCGUCACGCUCUUUCAGAUUAACUGGAUGCUGGAGCAGCUGGAGCACAUCAAGCAGUUCAUUCACCAGCGCGUCUACAACGCCUCCGACUCCUGCAGACUUUGGUGUCUUUCUGCCCUCGUAGUGGAGCCGUCUACACCGCCAGCAGGCCCACACGCGUGGUCUACGGUGACAAUGCUGCAGUUCAAGGACUUCUCGUGCCGCAAAGCGUUCGUUGACACCUACGGUGGUGGAGCAGGAUGCCCUCUGUACAAGGACGCCAAAACGCCCGUCAAGCAGCACCACAUCAGGGUUACUGCAGCCUCACCGCAGUUCCAGCGCAAGCUUGAGCUCCCAUUGCGGGUGGCGCUCACUGUGAUAAACCGCUCCUCGGAGGAGUUCAACCCCCAAGCCCGCGCUUGGGCCCGGAUGACGUACUACGAGCAGAGUGGUGAGCUACGUGGCCUUCUCGAAGUGGACGCGGAGCUGUUCGACCUCAUGUCAGCUAAACCGCCGCAUGGGGACGAAGAAAACCUUUGGGCCCACUGCUGGAACCAGCUGACCUUUGGAGUUCAGCACGAGUUGGACGUCGCCGAGAAGCAAGUUUUCACCCAGGCAGCCCUCGGAGCCAAAGGUUCCUCGAAGGGUAUUUCCCUGGGUAAAUCGCAGCGCCACUGGAGCGCGCCGUUUAUCUAUAAUUCGGCCAUGAAUCCCUUCCCGAUCCCCAUGACCAUCAGCAAAGUUGAUGCUGUCAGCUAUUGUUGGGAUGAAUAUUGCGACAAGGUAGCUGCCCCACAGCAUAAGGUGGGGAACUACCAGGCCGGAACUUUUGAGGGGGCUCCCGUGGUUACACCGCCAGCGGCGGGAGCCAAUCUUCCGCAGGGACCCGCGCCCUCUGAGCCAGGCUGCGUCUGCCCACCUUUGAAUUUUCUCAACACAGACUGCGCCGCGGAUACGGGUUGA